AUGUACAACCCGGAGAAGCAGCAGCCGCCGCUGCCGCCCCAGCAGCACAUGGCGCCGCCGCGGAUGUCCUUCUCCAGCGACUUCGCGCUGGAGCCGCCGCCGCCGCCUCCGCCGCGCCCGCCGGGCCGCUCGGACGCUGACUUCGAGUUCUCGCCGGUGGGCAGCCGGCCCAUGAUGGCCGCGGACCAGCUCUUCUCCAAGGGCCGCAUCCUGCCGCUGCGGGAGGCGGCGCGCGGGGUCCCGGCGACCCUGCGCGACGAGCUGCGCGCGCACGACGCCGCCGACCGCGGCGCCGCCCGCCGCGGGCCGCGGUGGAAGGAGCUGCUGGGGCUCAAGAGGGCGGCGCACAGGAAGGGCGCCGCGUCCGCCGCCGACGCUCACGUGGAUCUUGGAGACCAUGCUGCCGCAGAUGCAGGAGAGUGAAGCCGUCGUCUAACUCUUCAUCUUUCACUAGGUUGGGGGAGCAAGAAACCUGAGCCCACCUCCGUUCACCGAAAUGGAUUCCUUUCUGGAGCGGAAAAGAAGAUCUUGGGCUUUUGAUAUGACCUUUUUUGGGGCUGGGAUUGAGUAAUGGCUACUACUAGUAGUAGGUGAAAUGAAACGUUGAGAUUAUUUUCAGCUAGCUGAGUUCUAUAUUUUCCCCCCUUCUUUGGUCUGGAGGGUCAACUGAUUGUAUUUUUCCCGCCGGUUUUAGUCGGUAGGAUUAGUCGUUUCGUUUGCGGUGUGCUUUCACUCUCAACCUGUACAAAUUAAAAUGUGUUUGCCCGUAGCUUUUGGAUUCAGUGAAAAGAAAAAGGGUAAUGAAAAAUGGGGCACGUGAUCCGAUUCAAAGUGUUCAA